UGAUUAAUUUUAACCAUAGACAACUGAAGAGAAAAUAACGGUGAAGACCGAAGUGUCGACAGAGAAACGUGAGGCCAUUCUUAAAGGAAUAAAGGAACAACAGCAAGCAAGAUUUAAGAAAAUCGAAAUGGCGAAGAAUAUUCGUGAAGAAAUCCAACAGAAUCGUUCGAAAGAUUUAGAAGAGAAAACACAACAGAAAUGAAUGACUGCGAAGGAACUGCUUGAGAAUCAGGAGAAAGCACGUCAGGUAAAGAUUGUAGUUGUAGUAUUGCUGGCCUAAUCAUAGGUGGAGGUGGGAUUGCGCUCGUUAUUUGUCAUAAAAUAAUAGAAUGUGGUAACCGAGCCCUUCAAUUAUGCUGAUAUGCAUUUGCAUUGCAGUAUAUAUUGCAAAAUUUGUCCGGAAAAAUGUCCAACCAAUCAAAUGAAAUUUGAUCGGAAACUUUCAAAUUUUGUUCGAACAUUGUUUGGUUUUAUUUUGAUUCCAUGCCUUCGUUGGAUAAAUUUAGCGAAUAUAUUAAUAGUACUUUAUGCCGAACACUAGUUAUUUCAUGCUUUGCAUUUUGUCUGAUCGAAUACACGAUAGACUUCUCAAAAGGCAAUUCCAGCUUUUAGUUUAUGCCUGCAGGGGAUGAUGGGAAGUAAGGUAUCAUUUGCUGAUUAUGCUGAAAAUUUUCAAUAAAAACUACCUAAACAACCGAAAUAUUUCAAUAUUUACAAGUAUAAGCUAUCACUCCGUGUUUACACGGCCACCAUUUUUAUUUUUUCAGCAUAAUCAGCAAUGUGAUAUCUUACUUCCCAUCGUCCCCUGCACGCAUUAACUAAAAGCUGGAAUUGCCUAUUGUAUCCGCGCAUAUGUUUUCAGGAGAAGAUCGAAGCUGAAGAAGAACGCCUGAGACGAGCGAAACACGUGAGCGAAGAGAAGAUUGAGAAUGAGAUCCGUAAGAAAGCUGAGAAAGCUCAACAAAAAAUGGAGAGAUACAAAGAGAACCUCGAAGCGCAGCGUGAAGCUAGACUUGAAAAAUUAAGAGCAGAGGAACACCACAGGGAGGAAGUACGCUUAAAGAAAGAGGAAAGAAAUGCACAGGGAAUAACGCAAGGAUAAAGACAGCCACAUACAGUAUACUGUUCAGUACAGUACUAUAUAUAGUUCAAGAAAUUUACAUUUAGGUAUAAGUAUAUUUAUUGAUUUAUUCAUUUGUUUGAGGCUAUAUAACUUUACUCGCCGUGUAACGGUAUAUAGGUGCUUGACUAUCUUGCACUGUUUUUGCAAGGUCGAAACGUACAUAAUAAUUUGUUUGAUAUUAUUUAGUCAAUUAUUUAUAAAGGCAAAAAAAUAGCAAAAAUAUGUCGAGUGUAUGAUAUUCAGAUCAAAAUAAUAUGUUUUUUUGCAUUGUUA